GCUGCUGUCAACGGAAUGUGGUUGCAUGGAAAGCCUGACUGUCCAGAGCACCUCUCUGACAUUCUUGAUGGAAAAGGGGUACCCCUGAUCCAAGGGUUCUCAGCUGACAGGCUGCCCCUUUGCACUGGGGGUGCCAUUUUUUGCUUUUUCAGUGCACAGUCUGCAAAAUUGCUGCACAGUGAGGCUAAAAUGUUCAAGCAAAUCUCUGCUGCAGUUCGCCAUUUUUUUCCAUUGGCCUAUUCUUUCUAUACUUGCCCAGACAAAGUCUGGUUGGUGACUCACCUAGCCAGUGAAGUCACACAUGGAUACAGAAAAGCCCAUGCUUCGAGAACAACACCAGAAUCAGAAGCUGCUUGGGCUCCCUCUGUUUCUAAAGAACAUGAGGAGGAGGAGGAAGACAACCAAGCUCCACCUGUUUUUGGACCAGAACCUGAACUUCCAGAAUCAAUCUACACAUCCUCUGGAAUAGUAGCUGACACCUCACCGGUAUCUUCUGUGAGAGACAUUCCCACACCUGAGAACUCCAGCACCAGCAGUUUGUCUAGCAGUACCUACCAGGAGCAAAAGAGGAUAGAGGAGGAGAGUCUAGAGAAACUGAGGAGCAUUGUGACUGUGGGAGACCCCGUCACAAAAUACAUUGGAUUGGAAAAGAUUGCCAAAGGAGGUUUCGGAACGGUCUAUACAGCAACUGAUACUGCCACAGGAGGAGAGGUGGCCAUAAAGCAAGUCAGUCUCAGAAAACAGCCCCAAAAGGAACUAAUUGUCAAUGAACUUCUAGUUGUAAGGAACAAUAAGCACCCCAAUAUUGUUAACUAUUUAGACAGCUACCUUGUUGGGGAUAAACUCUGGAUAAUUAUGGAAUACAUGGAUGGAGGACCUCUAAGCAGUGUCAUUAAAGAAGUCCAUAUGGCUGAAGGAGAGAUGGCAGCCAUCUGCCGAGAGUGCCUGCAAGCACUAAAUUCCCUUCAUUCCAACCUUGUGAUUCAUAGAGAUAUAAAAAGUGAAAACAUUCUUCUUGGAAUGGAUGGAUCUGUCAAACUAGCUGAUUUUGGCCUUUGUGCUCAGAUGACUUCUGAGCAGAGCCGGCGGAGUUCGAUAGUUGGGACGGCUCACUGGAUGGCACCAGAAUAUGUGAAUAAGGAUGCAUAUGGGACCAAAGUUGAUAUUUGGUCCCUUGGCAUUGUGGCGAUAGAAAUGCUGCAAGGAGAACCUCCUUACUCUAAGGAAAUUCCUCUCAAGGCCCUGGAUCUCAUAGCUAACAGAGGGAUACCGAAGCUGGAGAAUGCUGAGCAACUGUCUGUUGUGUUCCAGGACUUUCUGAACUGCUGCUUGCAGACCGAUGAGGAUACUCGAUGGUCUGCUGAGCAACUUCUGCAGCAUCCAUUUUUACUCUCAGCCAAGCCUCUCUCCAGCCUCACCCCUCUGAUCAUUGCAGCCAGACAGUUGAGGGAGGACAGGAGACAUGACAGCGAUGGAAUUUCUUUAUCCAGCGCCAGCAAUGGGUGGCACUCAGAAUAAAAACUGUUCAAAACAUCAAUUGGAAGAUACCCUUCCUUCUCAUGCUGUGAUUAAGACAUACAUUCACUUUUAAUUGUCACUCAUUUCUUAAAGAUGGAAAGUCCUAUUUAUGGGGGGGGGGGGUUUGUAUGGUUUGGGAUUGGAGAAGGGUCUCUUUCAUUCCUAAACUCCAGACAACACUGCCUAUGGAACAUAGCGCACUGGAUGGUUUUUGCCCAGUCAUGGUACUCCUAGAUGGGGAAGAAAGCACGUUUGCAUUUCUAACCAGACACACAUGAAGAGUGGGGCACACAAAAUAUCAUGUGGAGAUAUGGGCUUUCAGCUGUAGCGCUGGAGGGUUUCAGCUCUCAACCACUGGAUUUGUACAACUGAUCUCUUUGCCUGGAUGAGAAUCUUACUCAAAUGAAAAAGCAACAAGAUCAGUCAGUGCACUCUGAAAGGGCCCAUCUGACGCAAAGCUGUCAAUGGAAACAUGAGGUGAGAGCAGGCCCAGCCACAGCUGGUGCGGAGCCCCAGCAGAGCCCUGGCAGAGCACAGAGCAGCCUCAGCAUUCGCAGCCUGGAAGAAGGAGCUUGUAGCAGCAAGCAGCAGCAGACCAGCCCUGGAUGCUUGCCUCUUCCUGGGACCAGACUAUUCAUGCCAUAUCAGAGCCAAACUGGCAGUGGGGUGCUCCUGAGGGGAAUGGUGGCCAUGUCACGAACUGCGCAGCCUGGUGGGAUUGGCCACCUUGAAUCUGUGCAGGCGUAAAGAAGUGCUGAAGAGAGCGGAAUGCUGAUGUCACUGCUGAGGAGGCUGCUCUCCUGGGAGUCUGGCAGCUAAAUAUUAAUUAACCAUCCCUGAUUUCCUGGAAAGCACAACAGGCCUGGUUUUUCAGAUGGCUGCUGAGAUGAGCAGCUCUGGUUUCCUGAACAGGGGAUCCCCAGGGGAAGCUGAGAGAGCUGGCAGGAGUGUGCAGCUGGCACAACAGUGGCUGAUGGAACCUGGAUGUUUCAGGAGCAAUGGUGGCCGAGUGUCCAUCUCCCCGGCCCCAUAAGAAGCUCCUGGGGACCGCCAGCAUCCAGGGAAGGAAAACAGGCUGUGGCACAUCAGAUCAUGCAGAAGAGCAUGCAGGAAGGGCACUGAAGCUCUGCCAGCUUGUCCACGGAGCAGUAGUACCCGAUGGGGAGAAAGCCAUGGCCUCUCUAAGCUCUGCGCCCACCACGACUGAUGCAGCUGUCCAGAGAGAGCUCCAGUGGGAUCCUGCUGCCACCCGGGUGUCAGCUGCAGGCUGUGCCCCGCUCUCAGGUCAGUCCGAGAUGGCAGCAGUGAGCACAGCUGUGGGAGGUGAGCCCAGGGACUCCUCUGCUUGCUGCCAGAGCUGUGGGAGGAGGGUGUUUGACACGACAAGAGGAAGGAGCAUCGCCUGUGGGGGGAGGAAGGAUGUCUCCCCAAGAUUAAAGCUUAAUCUGUGGUUUUACUAGGGGAUGACUGCCACAAUGAGAGGAAGGAACACUUCUGUGAGAAGCCAUCACCUGCAGGACAAGGAAGAGUCUUUUGCCAAGACCUAAAGAAGAAUUUUGGGGCUAACAGGGCUUAGAGAUGGAAUAGGGAAAUUAAUGAGCUUUACUACCUGUUUUUGUCAUAAAUUUAUAGUCAUGUGCCACAUUCCAGAUGUCACCUGCCCCAAGUAACAAUGAACAAAGCCCUGGGGAGUUAAAAGCUGGACACCUGGAAUCCAGAAUUUAUAGCCCUCCAAGGACAUGUUGAAGUAACCAGAAGAUAAAGAAGACACUAACAAAGAUGAUUCAACAUGUACUGGAGACUCUCUGUCUGGGAAAAAAGAUAAUAAAAAGGCUAAGAGAUGUGGACUAAUUAGCAUGAGAAGUGAGUAAUCAAUAACCAAUAGAAGAUAGAAUAAUAACUGAUGCAAAAAAUUAUGUCAUUUAGAACCAAUGGACAGUAAUUUCUUUGCUAAAAAUGUAUAAAUAAGUGAAAAGUUUUGAAAGUCGUGUGCAUCUAGGUGGAGCACCUCAGCCUGGAAUAAACUAAUGCCUACUCCCUAGUACUACGAAAACAGAGUUAGAGAGUUUCAUUUAUCCAGAUGUUUUUGGCAACAUACUGGCAAGCCUCUGGCAAUCUGCAGCAAAACUCCAGAAAGUGUCAGUGAGUAAGAGCAGGAGAGACUGUGGGAACAGGACAAGAGGCAUUCAGCAGGAAUUAUGGCAAACUGAGCAACAUGCACAUGCACACACAAACCAGACUGGCAGACUCCUCCUCCUGGGUGUUGCUCCCACGGAGUGUAAGCUCCUAACCGCAUCUUUUUUUACCUAAGAAGGUUUAAAAAUGGAAUUCAGAGUGCUUAAAGCAAUCUGCCAGGAAAACCAGGAAAAUCAUUCCUAUUCCGUGCAAAGUUAAAAUGUGGGGUCCAGGCUGGCAGAGCUGACACAAAAGGCUGUCAACAAGCCAAGCCAACUUUCAAAGCCUGGCUGGGGAAACUUUGGUGCUUGGCCCUCCUGUGGAGAAGAACAACACACCAAUGCCCUGUGAUGUUUUAUUUUGGUUUGGUCUUCGCUUUUGAUGUUUGUCUUUUCACAGGAAGGAAGAUCUGGGGUUCCAGGUUUUUCAGCCAUGCAACCUUGAAGUGUGAAAUAAUAACAACUACUCAGAUACAACAUUUCCAACACUUGCGCCUGCAGUUAAUUUUGGCCUCAGAAGGGCAGGCUCAGCUCGGUAAUGUACGAGAGCCCCUGCUACAAAGGCAGCCACUGCGAUGAAGAACUCUCAAGCAGUUCACCAGCCUUCAUCCUAUGGCUGCCUCUAUGGCUGAGAAAUGUAGACAAACAGACCAAGUAUGAAGUGUUUCUAAGGAAUAAUUUUCUUCAUGACUGGUCAUUUAGGUCACACACGUACCUAAGUACUGAUACUCAGCCUAAGAAAGCAAAGGGAUAGAGAACUGUUCUUACUAGAUCCGGAAAGCACAGGUUUUAAUGUCAUCUAAAGGGAAGGUAAAUACUGGAACUGUCAGGGGCUUGGGGUUUUUUAUUACUUUGUGGGGUGUGGUUUUUUGUUUUGUUAUU